GGGAUGUGAUCAGCCUUGGGGACCGGCAGCUCACUGUCAUGCACAUGCCAGGCCACUCCAGAGGCAGCAUCUGCUUGCACGACCAGGACAGGAGGAUCUUGUUCAGCGGCGACGUGGUGUACGACGGAGCCAUGAUCGACUGGCUGCCCUACAGCAACGUCAGCGACUACGUGGCGAGCUGCCAGCGGCUCCUGGGGUUAGUGGACAGAGGCCUCGUGGAGAAGGUCCUGCCGGGGCACUUCAACAUAUUUGGGGCAGAAAGGCUGUAUGGGCUAGCUUCCAACUACAUUUCUCAAGCUGGAUUUUGCCACAAGGUUUCUGCUUGUGCCAUGAGGUCCAUCGCCAGCGUAGCACUCCGCGUUACAAAUUCCAGAGUCUCUUCGUAG